UCCUCUUUCCUGUACCUGUUCCUUCCAUCUUCAACUCCUCUCUACCUGUAAAGCGUCUCAAAACACAAAUACAUCAACAUGUCGGACCAUACAUACAACUUCAACAUCACCAUGACCUGCGGCGGUUGUUCCGGCGCUGUUGAGCGUGUCCUCAAGAAGCUCGACGGUGUCAAGUCAUUCGACGUUUCCCUCGACAGCCAAACAGCAAAGGUCGUGACCGAACCUUCCCUCGACUACAACACAGUGCUUGAGAAGAUCAAGAAGACCGGCAAGAAAGUCAACUCGGGAGAGGCUGACGGUCAGCCUCAAGCCGUCUAA